CGAAAGCUGUUUCUGGGGCCAUGACAACCUCACGCCUGGACUUUGAGGAGGUGGAAACUUUUCUGGAUAGGCACCCAGAGUUGCUUGAAGAUUACUUGAUGCGGAAGGGCAAGCAGGAGAUGGUGGAGAAGUGGCUGCAGAAGCACAGUCAGAGUCAGGGGACUUUAAGUCCAAAGCCCACUUUGGCUGGCACCGGCAGCUUGGCUCAUGGUGGUGGCAGAGGUGGUAGCAGCACUGGUGGUGGCACUGGACCAAAUGGCUCUGCCAACAGCCAGUUGGCUCCUGGUAGCGGGGACUGUGGUGGGAUUCCCCUGAGUCCCAGUUGGGCCAGUGGCAGUCGGGGCAAUGGGAACUUGCAGCGGAGAGCUUCUCAGAAAGAGCUCAGGAAGAGUUUUGCUCGCUCCAAGGCCAUCCAUGUGAAUAGAACCUACGAUGAACAGGUGACCUCCCGGGCCCAGGAGCCGCUGAGCAGCGUGCGGCGGAGGGCGCUUCUCCGGAAGGCCAGCUCCUUACCGCCCACCACCGCCCAUAUUCUUAGUGCCCUCCUGGAAUCAAGGGUGAAUCUGCCUCAGUACCCCCCGACGGCCAUGGACUACAAGUGCCACCUCAAAAAACAUAAUGAGCGUCAGUUCUUCCUGGAACUGGUCAAGGACAUUUCCAAUGACCUUGAUCUUACCAGCCUGAGCUACAAGAUCCUCAUCUUUGUCUGCCUCAUGGUAGAUGCUGACCGCUGCUCUCUCUUCCUGGUGGAAGGGGCAGCUUCUGGCAAGAAGAGCUUGGUCUCCAAAUUCUUUGAUGUGCACGCAGGAACCCCACUGCUACCUUGCAGCAGCACAGAGAACUCAAACGAGGUGCAGGUCCCCUGGGGCAAAGGCAUCAUUGGCUAUGUCGGGGAGCAUGGAGAAACUGUCAACAUUCCUGAUGCCUAUCAGGAUCGAAGAUUCAAUGAUGAAAUCGACAAGCUGACUGGAUACAAGACAAAAUCGCUGUUGUGUAUGCCUAUUCGGAGCAGUGAUGGGGAGAUUAUCGGUGUGGCACAAGCGAUAAAUAAAAUUCCUGAAGGUGCACCAUUUACUGAAGAUGAUGAAAAAGUUAUGCAGAUGUAUCUUCCAUUCUGUGGAAUCGCCAUAUCUAAUGCUCAGCUAUUUGCUGCCUCGAGGAAGGAAUAUGAAAGAAGCAGGGCUUUGCUAGAGGUGGUUAAUGACCUCUUUGAAGAGCAGACUGACCUGGAGAAGAUUGUCAAGAAAAUAAUGCAUCGGGCCCAAACUCUGUUGAAAUGUGAGCGCUGUUCUGUUUUACUCCUGGAGGACAUUGAAUCACCGGUGGUGAAGUUUACCAAAUCCUUUGAAUUAAUGUCCCCAAAGUGCAGUGCUGAUGCUGAGAACAGUUUCAAAGAAAGCAUGGAGAAAUCUUCAAAUUCCGACUGGCUAAUAAAUAACAGUGUUGCCGAGCUGGUGGCAUCUACAGGCCUUCCGGUGAACAUCAGUGACGCCUACCAAGAUCCUCGCUUCGAUGCUGAGGCUGACCAGAUAUCUGGUUUUCACAUAAGAUCUGUUCUCUGCGUCCCAAUUUGGAAUAGUGGCCACCAAAUAAUUGGAGUGGCUCAAGUGUUAAAUAGACUUGACGGGAAACCUUUUGAUGAUGCAGAUCAAAGACUUUUUGAGGCUUUUGUCAUCUUUUGUGGCCUUGGCAUCAACAACACAAUCAUGUAUGAUCAAGUGAAGAAGAGCUGGGCCAAGCAGUCCGUGGCUCUCGAUGUGCUCUCAUACCAUGCAACCUGUUCAAAAACUGAAGUUGACAAGUUUAAGGCAGCCACCAUCCCUCUGGUGUCAGAACUUGCCAUCGAUAACAUACAUUUUGAUGACUUUUCUCUGGACGUUGAUGCCAUGAUCACGGCUGCUCUUCGGAUGUUCAUGGAGCUGGGGAUGGUACAGAAAUUUAAAAUUGACUAUGAGACACUGUGUCGGUGGCUUUUGACAGUGAGGAAAAACUACCGGAUGGUGCUGUACCACAACUGGAGACACGCCUUCAACGUGUGCCAGCUGAUGUUUGCGAUGCUGACCACCGCUGGGUUCCAGGAGAUUCUGACAGAGGUGGAAAUUUUAGCUGUGAUUGUGGGAUGCCUGUGUCAUGACCUCGACCACAGGGGAACCAACAAUGCCUUCCAAGCUAAGAGCGGCUCUGCCCUGGCCCAACUCUAUGGAACCUCUGCUACCUUAGAGCAUCACCAUUUUAACCACGCCGUCAUGAUCCUUCAAAGUGAGGGUCACAACAUCUUUGCUAAUUUGUCCUCCAAGGAAUAUAGUGACCUUAUGCAGCUUUUGAAGCAGUCAAUACUGGCAACAGACCUCACGCUGUAUUUUGAGAGGAGAACUGAAUUCUUUGAACUUGUCAGUAAAGGAGAAUAUGAUUGGAACAUCAAAAGUCAUCGUGAUAUAUUUCGAUCAAUGUUAAUGACAGCCUGUGACCUUGGAGCCGUGACCAAACCGUGGGAGAUCUCGAGACAGGUGGCUGAACUUGUAACUAGUGAGUUCUUCGAACAAGGCGAUCGGGAAAGAUCAGAACUCAAACUCACUCCUUCAGCUAUUUUUGAUCGGAAUCGAAAAGAUGAACUGCCACGGUUGCAACUGGAGUGGAUCGACAGCAUCUGCAUGCCUUUGUAUCAGGCAUUGGUGAAGGUCAAUGUGAAACUGAAGCCAAUGCUGGAUUCGGUGGCUGUGAACAGAAGUAAGUGGGAAGAGUUGCACCAGAAAAGACUGCUGGUUUCGGCGGCCGCCCCCUCUUCUGCCAGUGUCAUGGUGACUGGGGAAGAAAGAAACUAAACUCCAUGUCUGCUGUUGCUGCAAAAUGAUCACCAGCUUUGGCAGUAGUGCCAGUUUGGGUCCUACCACACCAUCUUUUGUUCCUUUAAGCUCAGACAGACCUACAGUCUGGGGCAUGCACUGGGAAGCAUGUGUAGGCUUUCCCCUUGAAAUGUGGUCAGCAGGGGAGAACAUGACAGGAAGGACAGAGGAGGAGGUGGGGCUGGGAGCACACACUGGGACCCUCAACUUUCCCUGAUGAACAUCCAGGGGCUGAGACAGGCUCUGGGCAGAGGACCCAGACAGUCGCAGGACAGUGGGUCCUGCUCACUCUGAGUGGAGGGUACACAGAACAGUGAAGUCACGAGCACUGUUUCAUUUUGUUACAAACUAAACAAUGCCUGCUUUCCCUCCUCUCCUGAGCGCCCUUUGUGCCAGACUGCCCAAGAAUCCCAGUUUGUAUUCUGUAGAGGUGUUUUAAUUUUAAUUCUAAAACUUCUUAAUGAUAAAUCAGAGCCUUUAGAUUGCCUAUCGAAAGAAAAACUAUAUUAUCCUUACAAAUACCAAGCACUUCCAGUUUCCCUUUAAAAGGGCCAUGGUAGGAAUACGACAAAUGUGUUUGCUUGAUUGGUGUUUAUACAAGAUUCAUUAUACUGCAUUGGGAUUAUAUUUUCCUUUUUUUCAUUUUUUAAUUCACCCUUCACUGUAGACAAAUAGAUUUUAGGAUUAAUAGAUUAACAGACCUUAAUUAAAGUAAGAAUGAAAGGAAAUCUACAGCUGGAUUUGCCACAAGUGACAUACGAACAUUUAGGAACUAUUUCCAGCAGUGAGACAUUUCACAGGACGCUGCGUAGUCAUGGAGAAUGCUCACUGACUACCUUCAGUUCUCCAAAUGCGCUUUGGUAUAAAAUUUAAAGUUACUACCAAUACCUGCCUAAAACCAAAUCCUGUGGUCCCCAAUGUGGAUUUCUCCUUAAGUGUAGAACAAACAUUCUACAGAAAGCCAGGUAAAUAGUAAGUGAAAAUAAACUACAUUAAAUAGAUGCAGUGACAGGAAAGUUACCUUGCUCCCCAUCUUACUGAGCGAUCAGGAACAUGGUAUGCCUUAUCCAGAGACUGCAGGGCUAGAAGCUAGACUAAUACCCUUAGCUUUGGCAUCAUUGAAUGGAUGACUUUGGACAAGUCGUCUAACUUCUCUCAGUCUGUCUCCUCAUUUGUCAAAUGAGAUUACACUAGGAAAUGAUUUUCAGAUAUGUUUUAACCUUAGAAAUUCUUUGUUUAAAUGAAACCUUACAAGGAAUCUACAAGAUAUAUAUAAAAGACAAAGUCCUUUGUGUGGAGCCAGAAUGAAGGAUUCAAAUCCCUUGCAAAUUCUCAUUUCUUACUUCAUACAUGAUAGCCCAAAAAGGAGCUCUGAGGAGUUUGGAAACCCAGGGCUAGAUGAACAUUGAAGCUAGCUCUGGACAAAUCUGAAAAUUACAAACCAUCUUUAUUCCUGUUGUUAGCAGUCUGUAUCAGUUAUUAUCUCUACUACUCAAAUAUUAAAGAAGUAGGGGUCACUUUCCACAAUGGACAUUAUUUUCCUGGCACAUAAUAGACAUUUGGGAAAUGUUUAAAGAAUGGGUAAAAUGAGGCACCAAAAUGAAAGUGAUGGAAGAACAGGUAUUCAUAAGGAAGAUGUAAGAUUCUGUAUAUGGCAAGAAAUAAAGUUUUUUUUUUUUAAGUAUAAACCAGGAAAAAAUGGGGGAAAGAAGAAAAGUAGGAGGAGGAGCAAGAAGAGGAGAAUAAUGUGGAUGAGGAGGAGCAUAAGAAGAUAUCAUAAAAGGAAGACAAAAAUCAAAUCAAGGCAGGUGGCAAGAAAACUACCAAGAGAAAGGAGAAAGUCAAUCAAAAAAAAAAUGGUGCUGCCAGCCAAAUAAAUGAGGGUGUAGAUCGUGGCAUCAAUUGCUUAGAAAAGAGAGAUACUUGAGCAGGGAGGGGUUUUGCGGAAAAAAAGAAAGGAAAAGAGGGAGCCCUAAAAGAAGAAUGUUCUGGCCGCCCUUUACAGCUGUCUCUGCAGGGAAGACUGGAGAAACUCGAGGAGAAAAUGAGUGCAGGAAAAAUUGCCUCCACAGAGCAGGUAAAGAGGAGGUUGUUAAGAUUUAUGAAUUUUAUUAAGCCAGUUUUCUGAAUCACUCUGCUAUAAAGGAGAAUAGCUUCUGCUGGGCUAUGUCCCCUCCUUCAGGUGAGGAACAAAGGGUGGGUGGAGUCUGGGGCAGACCCUGGUCAUGUGUCUGCAGCUCUGAAGAACUGCAGGUGUUUCUGGCUAUUGUGCUACAUCAUGUUUAUGUCACAAAUGGGAAUUGAAAAUCAGGCUGUGUGAGGCAGAGAUGAACCCACAUCUGUUACUCACCUGCAAUAAAUAAAUAGCUCAGACAGACUGAUGCCAAUCUAUCUAGAGCAAAAUUUUAAAGCCUGUGCUUUAUGAUACAGCUAGACCCGGGGUACGAUGGAGACUGCAGGCAGCUGUAUGCACUGCAGUACCUUGGAUGUUGCUGCUGCAUAUUGCUAAGGGGAACAUAAUUUAUAGCACAGACCCUACGGCUUCCACUAAGGUUGAGUUUUUCUCUCAUUUUCUUGCCUUUUUAUUGGCUUCACUGCACGGUUGCCAAUAGCAACAUCCGCUAGUAGCAAGGGGAGUUCAACACCAUUGCAAUCUGCCAUACAGUGGAGCCCUGACAAUGUCAACCAUCAAUCAAAUAGCUGUUUGUAAUUGCCUCCAUCUAUUUCUCCUGUCUCAAGGUAUCUUUCCUAUUGUGGGUCAGAAUUCAGAAACUGCUGACUAAUGUUCCUCUACAACCAGGAAGCAGUGGAAAAGGAGGGUAGCAGUUUCCCUGAUGCCAAUAAACCCCAGGGGUCAGAGGCUGAACUCUUGGGAGUUUGAAGCAUUUCAAUCUCUUUUCUAAAUAGUGUAUAAUUGUCCAAGAAUGUGAAUUGUAUGGUGCCAUUUUUCUAAUCCUUAUUAUUAAUAUUUAUUUCCUAUUGAUGGAAAGCAUUUGAAUCUUCUUUUAAGACUAUAUUAUACUUGCUUCCUUGGGUUUCUUGGCAUUAAUGGUUGAAAUGAUUUCAUCCUACUUCUUCUAUGAGAUGAAUUUUUCAAACAUGCCAUUUAUUCUUAUUUGUCAGUAUGUGGAUAAUACAUGCACAACCUGCAGGGUCACUGUCAUCAGCACCAGUAGGGGCCACUUAGCAAACCAUCCAGGGUGCCAUCCAGGGUGCCACCCAGUGCACAGCAGACCUGGGCAGCAUCCUGGCUUGACCACGGCCUGGACCUUUUAAUUUGGAACUCUCCAGGUCUCAGUCUCUCCACUGGAAUAUAAAAGCACGGACUUUUAUUCAGUUUACCUUCACACCAAAUGACCAAGCUAUAUUUGACUUAAUUUUUUUUCCCCAGAUAACAGUUUAUAUACUCAUCUCAAAUAAAAUAGGAGCAAACCUCCAAGAGGUCAUUUUCUCACUAAAUUAGACAUUAUAUAUGUGGUACAUAGAAGAACAACCUUAACAUAAAUAUGUGUACACUUGCCUCUAGUGAUCAUGAAAGAUAUGGUCAGCAGUACAAUUUUUAAAUAUAUGCCCUUUCAUUUCAUAUGGACAAUUUUAGAUCAUCUCACACCAUACAUAUUCCAUAAAAAGGAUUCAGUUUACUUCAUAAAUAAACUUAUAAAAUGAGUCAAAGAAGUUAAACUGCAUGUGCAUUUUCUGUUUCUGAAAUCUGAGAGAUCAGUACAUUUCCAGGUAUUUCAUAUUUGUAUAUAUGUAGGGUUAGAAAUAAUCUCAG